ACUAAAAUUUUAAUAUAAGGCUGUAUCUUACAUUCAUUAAUUCAAACAACAUACAUGACUUAGCACUCUGUUAUUAAUUAGUAAUUACAGUUGUAGUUGUAAGCAUGAAGACAUUAUUAAACUUUUUCAUCCUCUUAUUGAUGAAAGUAGUCGCCAUUGACGUAGAGGAAGAAUACAUGUUCGAACUACUCAAAGCAUUUACUCCAACUCCCACAGGCUGGUCACACACAACUCCCCACUGCAAAUGGAACGGCGUCGUUUGUCAAUCCAGUCGAGUUGUCUCCAUCUCUAUUCCAUCAAGCUCACUCACUGGAACACUUCCUCUCUAUCUCAACUCUCUCGAAAAUCUAACUCACAUAGAUCUCCACAACAAUUCACUCACCGGUCCUGUGCCUGAAUUGGUUGGCUUCCGCACGCUUCAAACUGUGAACCUUGGUCACAACAACUUCACCUUAAUCCCAGAGGGUUGGUUUGGAUGGUUACAAUACAAUACAGAUUUACAAACACUCAACCUUAGCAAUAACUUGAAUCUCUUGCGAUGGUUAUUUCCUACGGAAUUAAGGGAGUUCUCGUUGUUGCAUACCCUCGAUCUCGAAGCUACAAAUCUCAUGGGUUCCUUGCCGUCCAACAUGUUUGAUUUGUUUCCGAGUUUGCAUACUAUUUUUCUUUCUCACAACAACAUAAGUGGAACUCUGCCACCAUCCCUUGGAAAAUCUAAAGUAAGAUAUUUACGACUCAAUGAUCAGGGGGAAUGGAAUAGGUUUACAGAUACAAUUGAAGUAAUAUCAUCCAUGAAGUUCUUGUUUCAGGCGUGGCUUCACAACAACUUGUUCACGGGUCAAAUUCCUAAUAUGUCCAAUUGCACUUAUUUGUUUGAUUUGCAGCUUCACUCAAAUCUCUUAUCUGGUUUAGUUCCACCUUCAUUGUUUGCUCUCUCUACUUUGAAAAACAUAUCUUUGGACGACAAUACCCUUCAAGGACCAAUACCUGUGUUUCACGAAGGUGUUAACGCAACUUGGAAAAAUAAUAAAUUUUGUAGAAACGAUGUUGGACCUUGUGAUCCUCAGACUACAAUUGUGCUUGAAAUUUUUGCAGCUUUUGGGUAUCCUUUUGUUUUGUCAGAAAUAAGGAACGACGUUUGUAAUGGUGGGUUGUGGAUUACGUGUCAUAGUGGAAAGAUUGUACGCAUUGAUUUUGAGAAUCAGAGAUUUGGUGGAACUAUCUCUCCUUCAUUUUCCAAAUUAAAAAGUUUAGUUAACUUAACUAUUGGUGGUAAUAAUUUGACAGGUUCAAUACCACACAGUCUAACAACUUUGCCUCAACUUCAGCUUCUUAAUGUUUCUGAUAAUAAUUUAUCAGGACAAAUUCCCAAAUUUUCAUCCAAUGUGAAGUUAAUUACAAGAGGCAAUCCUUUACUUGGAAGAAACAUUGGAGGAGAAAAUGCAACUGAUUCUCAUCAUGCAGGCCCAUCUGAAACAACACCUAGAGCACUCUUGAUUAUAGUAGUGGCAUCGGUGUCAUCGACGUUGAGUGUUGGAAUUGUAAUAUUUAUUGUGAUUAUUUUUAAACACAAGAAGUAUCAUAUUUCGGUUAAAAGAUGGAUCUUCAAGAAAACAACAAAAUCUAUUGGUCAUAAUGUGGAGGAUUUCAUUCAAAGCUAUAAUUUGUCAGUCGCAAAACAAUAUAGAUAUGCAGAAGUGAAAAGAAUGACAAACUCUUUUCGAGAUAAACUAGGUCAAGGAGGAUAUGGUGUUGUGUACAAAGCAAACUUACCUGAUGGUCGUCAAGUGGCGGUGAAAGUUAUAAAUGAGUCCAAGGGAAAUGGAGAAGAAUUCAUAAAUGAAGUUGCUAGUAUUAGUAGAACGUCACAUGUAAAUAUCGUCGCACUUUUGGGUUUUUGUUAUGAGAACAAAAGAGCAUUAAUAUAUGAAUUCAUGCCUAAUGGUUCACUAGAUAAGUUCAUCUAUAAAAAUGGAUUUCCUGAUGCUAUUUGUAAUUUAGAUUGGAACAAAUUGUAUCAAAUUGCAAUCGGAAUUGCUCGAGGACUGGAAUAUCUGCAUCAAGGAUGUAUUUCAAGGAUUUUGCAUCUUGAUAUCAAACCUCAAAACAUUCUUUUGAAUGAAGACUUUUGCCCAAAAAUAUCUGAUUUUGGACUAGCUAAAAUAUGCCAAAGGAAUGAUAGUAUCGUGUCCAUACUUGGCACAAGAGGAACAAUAGGAUACAUAGCACCAGAAGUAUUUAGCAGAUCGUAUGGUGGAGUUUCUCAUAAGUCAGAUGUAUAUAGUUACGGUAUGUUAAUGUUAGAAAUGAUUGGAGGAAGAAAGAAUUAUGACACUGGAGGAUCAUAUACCACUGAAAUGUAUUUUCCAGAUUUGAUUUAUAAAGAUCUUGAGCUAAAUAACUCUCUCAAUUGUUUGGCUAACUCUGAGGAAGAAAAUGAUUUGGUAAGGAAGACUACUAUGGUUAGUCUAUGGUGCAUUCAAACAAAUCCAUUAGAUAGACCAUCAAUGAGUAAAGUAAUAGAAAUGUUACAAGGACCACUUGAGUCUAUCUCAUAUCCUCCAAAACCUUUCUUAUAUUCUCCUAAAAUUUCGUCAUUACAAACUUCAGACGCGUCUUCCAACAAUUUAUUAGAGACAAAUUCAAUAACCUUAUUGAACAGAGUUCCGUAAGAUCAAGUUCAACAAAAGACAAAGGUUAAAACAUGAUUGUAAUGUAUUCACAUUGUUGGUAUUUUAGUACAAUUUUGCAUAUCCUUUCGAUUGACCUUCUAAACUUACUCCUACAUUUUUUAUGGAUAUGUUUAUAGAUAUUAAUUAAUGAUUUUGAAUGUCUUUUUCUU